AUGGACGAGAAUCAGAUCCCCCUUUUAUCCUGUCCUGCUUUUCUAGACCUGAAGAUCACCAAGGCAUCUAUCUCUCUGUGUGUAAUUAGGCAGUGCAAGUUUGCUCACAUAAAUAAUGUUUGGUUGUUAGGGUACCUGCUAACGCGGUGUUCAUCGCGGCGAAUUAGGCCAUUUCUUAAUCUUAUGAGCAUCAAAUUAUCAUCAUCCCAAAGCUGCUCUGCUUUAGCUUCCUCUCCCGCCUCAUUGAAUGUUGGUUUGCAGUUUCUGUUUGGUUUUCAUGUCUGA